UUCCAGCCAGAUCCAGGAGGGCGUGGGGGUGUGCGUGCGUGAAUGAGCGGGUGUGAGUGUGUCAGGCAUGCGCGAGGCGAGACCGCGAGCCUCGGAGCUCCGCUGCGGACGCUGAUGUCGCCGCGUUAAAAAAAAGAAAGUUCCAGGUUUGAAACAACGCUGCAAAGUUCCGGCCGGCCACGCCAUUGCGGGUCUCUCCUCGGCAUCCAGGGACCCCGGACAGCCCCGGGUCAAGACUUGGUCUUGGCGCCCAGCUUGGGAGGGGCGAGUCCUUCUGGCAGCGCCUGAGAGGAGCCAGGGGAGGGCGGAGGCGGCGGCGCUGGAGGAAGCGGAGGAGGGCGGGCGUGCCGGGCCCGGGAGGCGGGCAGCACUGCACCGCAGCCCCGGGCUCGCCAUGCUCCUGGCCUCGGCCGUCGUGGUGUGGGAAUGGCUGAACGAGCACGGCCGCUGGCGACCCUACAGCCCGGCCGUGAGCCACCACAUCGAGGCGGUAGUCCGCGCGGGGCCCCGCGCCGGGGGCAGCGUGGUGCUGGGCCAGGUGGACAGCCGGCUGGCGCCCUACAUCAUCGACCUGCAGUCCAUGAACCAGUUCCGCCAAGACACGGGGACCCUACGUCCAGUUCGCCGUAACUACUAUGACCCAUCCUCAGCCCCCGGGAAGGGUGUGGUGUGGGAGUGGGAGAACGACAAUGGUUCCUGGACGCCCUAUGACAUGGAAGUGGGCAUCACCAUCCAGCAUGCCUAUGAAAAGCAGCACCCCUGGAUCGACCUCACUUCCAUUGGCUUCAGCUACAUCAUUGACUUCAGCACCAUGGGCCAGAUCAACAGGCAGACUCAGCGCCAGCGCCGUGUCCGACGCCGACUAGACCUCAUCUACCCCAUGGUCACCGGCACCCUGCCCAAGGCUCAGUCCUGGCCAGUCAACCCUGGGACGGCCACCUCGCCUCCUGCAACACCCUGUUCCUGUCCACAAUGUGUCUUGGUGAUGAGCGUCAAAGCGGCUGUGGUCAAUGGGAACGCAGGGCCCUUGCAGCCUCCAGCAACUCGUAAGAACAUGGUCCCUUCUGGAGUGGUCAAACUGCCCCCUCCACCUGGCCCUGGGGCCAAGCCGCUCGACACCACAGGCACUAUCCGGGGCCUAGGGAAGACCACCCCAUCACAAGUGAUCCGGAGACAAAUCUCUAAUGCACCAGCUGGGGCAACUGCAGGCUUUCCUGCUAGCCCUCCAGGAGCCAACAGUAAGACUGGACGGGUGGCCCUGGCCACCUUGAAUAGAACCAACCUACAGCGACUGGCCAUUGCCCAGUCCCGGGUGCUGAUCGCCUCCGGGGUCCCCACUGUGCCUGUGAAGAACUUAAAUGGGUCCAGUCCAGUCAGUCCUGCCUUGGCAGGAAUCACUGGGAUCCUCAUGAGUGCAGCAGGAUUGCCUGUAUGCCUCACUCGACCACCAAAGCUGGUCCUCCACCCACCCCCUGUCAGCAAGAGUGAAAUAAAAUCUAUCCCAGGAGUCUCCAACACAAGCCGCAAGACCACCAAAAAGCAGGCCAAGAAAGGAAAGACCCCAGAGGAGGUACUGAAGAAGUAUCUGCAGAAGGUCCGGCACCCGCCAGAGGAGGACUGCACUAUCUGUAUGGAGCGCCUCACGGCCCCCUCGGGCUACAAGGGCCCACAGCCGACUGUCAAGCCUGACCUGGUGGGGAAGCUGUCCAGGUGUGGCCACAUCUACCACAUCUACUGCCUGGUGGCCAUGUACAACAAUGGGAACAAGGAUGGGAGUUUGCAGUGUCCAACCUGUAAGACCAUUUAUGGGGUCAAGACAGGCACACAGCCUCCGGGGAAGAUGGAAUACCACCUCAUUCCCCACUCCUUGCCUGGCCAUCCAGACUGCAAGACCAUCCGGAUCAUCUACAGUAUCCCCCCUGGCAUACAGGGACCAGAACACCCAAAUCCUGGGAAAAGUUUCAGUGCCCGAGGCUUCCCACGACACUGUUACCUUCCAGACAGCGAGAAAGGAAGAAAAGUGCUGAAGCUGCUGCUGGUAGCCUGGGACCGUCGGCUCAUCUUUGCCAUCGGUACGUCCAGCACCACGGGCGAGUCUGAUACCGUCAUCUGGAAUGAAGUGCACCACAAGACAGAAUUUGGCUCUAAUCUCACUGGCCACGGCUAUCCAGAUGCCAAUUACCUGGAUAAUGUGCUGGCUGAACUGGCUGCCCAGGGUAUCUCUGAAGACAGCACUGCCCAGGAAAAGGACUGAGCUAAAGGGUAGUUGGGACCACAGGACAGGAAUUGGCAAGAAUCAAAGUGGAAGUUGGUGACAUGCCCUCCUGACUCCCCAUUUCCCCUCUUGUCCUGUUUCUACCCCUUUCCCUCCCAGCCAGAGGGGGAACUAGAUUAAGGUGAUGUCAUUCAUAAAUCUUAUCCAACACAAAUGGGACAUGGGAUGAGGGCUAUCCUGAAUCUGUCCCCCUGGAGUUUUUGGUGCUGGGUAGGAAAGGACCCUCACCUCUCCUCUCCCCAAAGAAGGGGCAUGGUCAGCACAUCUAGGGUAUGGGCAAUGCAGGGCUCUCCGUACUCUGGCCCUGUGAAACCAAGGUUCCUUGCCUCAGCUAACUUCUUGCUGAUUUCACCCUGCUUUGAGAGUGGAAUUCCCACUUUUCUCUCUUCCACCGGAGUUAGAGAGCUCUCACUGUGCAAGGUUGGAAGGGGGAAGUCGGGUGGACCACUAAACUGCUGUGACAUCAGAAAUUGGAUGCCUUGAUGUAGAGUGAGGAAGCAGAUUGUGCUGAGAGUGUUAGAAAGGGAUGCCAAAUCCUCUGGGAGCAUGUUCAGCUCUCAGUAUAGCCCUUGGCUUCUCUAGACCCUUCCCUUUUCCUCACACCCUUGACUUGCCCAAAAAGGCAUCUGGUGUCUUGAGUGGAUGGAAGGACUCUGGGACUCCUCUCUGGGGUGGCAUCCCAUGAUGCUGUUUCCAAUCACUCUCUGAUCAAACCAGAGCCUGAAUCUCACUGAGCAUCUGCACUGUCCUCAGGGAGAGGAGCCCACAGCCUUCCUCCCAGCUCAUUUCAGACCAGCUCAGUUUCAUCAUGUCACUGUGAGUUGGAGCCCUCAAUGGGUUCCGUGCCAUCUGUGUAUAUGCAUAUGUGUGGGUGGGUGUGCAUCACUGGGCCAGGUUGCUGGAGAGUCCCAUCAUACCUUUGAACUCUGUUUCACAUGCCAAACCCCAGUUCUCAUGGGGAUCAGUCAGUCAAGGUGUGGCCCCUUGACUUAACUUAGCUUUUGUCAGCCCAUCUCAUGAUAAGCUUGGACCCUGAUGGACACCACAGAACUGUAGUUGGGAAGAUGUGUUGAUGGGAGCUAGAUUGACCCUUCUAGUUCUUAUUAAUAUCAGAUCAAAGCCAACCUACAUCCAGUCUUGUUUCUAUGAGGGCUUCAGUGUAUCUCUGCUGAUUUGCUAAUUCAAGUCUAGAGAUGUUACUGAGCCACUUGUCUCCAGCCCCCAUCUAUCAAAGAUUGAUCAAGAACAUGUGGUAGGAGCCUCUUCAGCUCAUUCCUAACAGAGUUGGGGAAAAAAUAAGGCCUUCUCCAACCCGCAUCUGGGUUGUGUCCACACUUCUCCGUCUGUGUUCUCACAUCUUCCCACUUUGGCUUCAUUAAGGAAUGGAUUAGGUAAGAAAUAAGGAAGAAUCAAGAAGGGAAACCAGUUCCCCCUUUGAAAGUGGGUUCUUUGAACUAUGUGUUUGGGGGACAUUCUUUGAACAUUCCUCCGGAUACAAUUUGCAUUUAUAUACCUCAUGUUUUGAGGGUUUGACAUAUAUAUGCAUAUAUAUUUCAUAAGACUUGGAAGGUUUUUGAUGCUUGAAAAUGAAAUGAAUGAACCUUCCACAAUGGUAUGGUACUUAAGUUAGAACCGGAGUCCAUGGUCUUGUGGCAGCCCCCUCUAGAGCUGCCUCCUGUUGGGCCUCCACUUUUCUGACAUUGAUGUGGCCAGUGGAUUUACCUGAGUGUCACCCAGUUCCUUGGAACUUGCUGGUGCUGAGUUUUCUUAACUCUUCAGAUGGUUACAGGAAUGUUAAUGAGCUUCCACCAGGGGAAGCUAUGAUAGGAAAGAAUGUUCCUGCCAUCGUAGCCCGGGCUCUCCUAUCAGUGGGAGGCCAUCUUGUCUCACCAGCAGACCAGGACACUGGUCCUGAGUUCAUUGUGCCUUGGGGAAAGCUCCUGCCACAGUUGAGAAGGAAAUGUGAGAAUUAGAUGGAGAGACUUCUCCAUGAGAUUUAAAAUAACAUCCAUACCCUUUUAUCAGGUGACCACAUUUCAGAGGCUAAUGAGAGCGCCCCAUUGAGGGCUUAGAAUAAUCUUUGCCUUCAGUAUCCUUGUCACCUGUCUGCAGGGCUUUUUGGCAACAGGGAUGAGAAGAUACAGCGUGAGCCCAUGGGUAGGAAAACACAGUACAGCCAUGGGAUUGAAGAAAUGAAAACUAUGAAAAUGGGCACCAGGGAAAGUUUUUGUUAGAGGAGGUCUAAGUGGGAAGUGCAGAAAGGAGAGAGCCCAGGAGGGUAUCUAAGGGAGUCAUAUACCAGGAGCAAUACCACUUUGACAGUUUUCAUGCCUUCAAUAAUUUCCUAUGGGAUUUUGAAAUGCCUUUGCCUUCUCCUCCUCUCUGAGGAUGCUGAGGGGCUACCUCACCUUCAUGCUUUACUCUUUGGACUUUCCGGGCAGGAGGGAUCUUGGAAAUCUUAACACUGUGCCAGUCAAAGCAGGGGACAUUCCCUCACCCGUUCACAUGUGCCAACCCCAAAGAUACAGACUUGCUUUCAGUGAGAUUCAGCCAUGACAACUACAUUGACACAGGGUGUUUCCCACGACGGGCCCUGCUGUGCUCCCGUGGUCCACGCAGAGCCUCCAUACUUUUCCUUUCAUGGUCUCAGAGCCAGCAGCCUAGUUCCCCCUCCCUGAGACUCCAGGGGUGGCAGUUGGAAUUGGAGGCACACCUUGUGAGAUGCUCAUCCCUCGAAGGUUUAUGUGGUGUGUGUGUGUGUGUGUGUGUGUGUGUGU